CGGGUGCUGCUGUGUGGGGCAGGGGCAGCUCCCUCUGAGACCUCUGGGUUGUGCUGCUGCUUCAAACGUUGACCCUAAGGAAAUGCUUGGCGCUGGGAGCCAGCUCCUGGUGCUGGACCAGCCGCGGAGGAUGAGCAGCUCUUCUCUCGUCUCCAGGUCGCUGUCGGAGGAGAGGCCGGUCACCGCCCUCUGGGGCUGCGAGCUGGGCACGGGCACGCGGCGCUGCGUGCUGCAGGAGGACGAUGACUGCCUGGAGCACCUGGUCCUGCUGAGGACGGUCUCCCUGGGGGCUGGCGCCAGGGACGAGCUGCACGUGGUGGCCGUGGAGUCGAAGAACAUGUAUGGAGGCUGCAAGCCGGUGCCCAUCGCGUCGCUGCGCGGCUCGGUGCUCCCCAUGAUCAGCCUCAAAGGCCUGGAGUUUGUCCCUCCGGUCACCUUCGUGCUGGAGUGUGGAGCUGGGCCGGUCUAUCUGAGCGGGCAGCACGUCACCUUGGAGGAUGACCACAGGUACGAAGCCCGCGAGGAAGAGCUCGCAGAGGAAGAUGCAGGCGAUGAGGACGAUGCCAGAGCAGCGCAGGACGGGGAGUAGCCACAGUCUGGGGAGGAUUUCUGCAUCCUGGGAGUGCCGCUGGCUGAUGGCAGGGCCAUGGCAGGGCUGUUCUGUGCCGGGAGCUGCAGGUGCCUGGCACUGACCAGGCUGGGUCCUUGUCCAGGGAUACAAACUGCCUCUGCUUUGCAUACCGCCCUUUCCUCCUCUCCCUGCCCGCUCCGUUCGUAACGUGUUCUGAGAAAUGCUCCCCCUUCCUACCACUCCUCCCACCAAUAUUUUAGUGCAAUAGCUACGGGAAAGUGCAAAUAUCCUGGGGCUAGGCUGGGCUGUGCUCCAGGGUGCCCACACCAGCCUCCUGCUGCUCUUGUCCUGCCUUCCCUGCCACCACUGCCUGCUCCCAGCCUCAUCUCAGCAACACUUACACCAAGCAUGCUACCACUGGGACGUCACGCCACUGACCCCUGGUGCUGGGGUGUCCCCAUGAGCAGCCCCAGGGGGACGGGCUGGGGUCACCCCCACCUCCCCACGCUGCCCUGGGGGCUGCUCUCGCCCCCCUCCCUCCAAGGGGCAUCGCUCUGACGGGUGCCUGCUCAGCUGAACCCAGCAGCAGCACGCUGCCGUCUGCGCAGCAGCCCAGGGGAACGCAGCCAAAGGCUGCUCAGAACCAGCAGCUGCUGAAAUAAUUCAAUUAAAGCCCCUCAUGGAGGAAAAUUGCCCCAAUCCAUCACGUGUGUGAUGUUAGCCGGCAGGGGAUUUGUCUCGGAAGGGGAGCCCUGAACCUUCUGGGGGGGGUGGGAAGGGAGCAGGGGCACGGUGUGGGCGCCCCGCUGGGUUCAGCAGGAGCGGGCCGGACGUACGAACCCAUCCUGCUGGGCUCAGCAUCGCGUGGCUGCGUCUGGCACAGCGCCGUGGCAUGGGGCUGUGCCCC